AUGGUGAUGUGGCGGUCGAAGCCGGCGCUGGAGCCUCGAGACAUGGCGGCAGUGGGAACGGCACGGCCGAGGGGCUGUCAGCGUGCAGGACCCCACCGCUACCGCAACGGGCCGCCGCCGGAGCGCUUCCGGGUCACGGGAGGCGCGCAGGCGCUCGAGGACUCCCAGCUCGCGCACCGUCACGCUCCAUCCCCACCACUGCGCAUGCCCGAACUCCGCGGCACCCAUCGGCCUCGCGCCUCUCCUCUGGAGAGCGUGCGCAGUAGGGCCUGGUCACGGUACGGGCUGAGGGGCGGCGGGCGGGACGGGGGCUGUCGUGUCGUGACGUGUCGCCUCCGCCGGACUAUCCGGGAGCCGCCGAGGCGCUGCCUGGCGGAAAGGGCUCCUGUGAACCGCCUGCAUCCACUACACACAGUAGCAAAGGGCCGCUCAGCACAACAAUAUGUUGUGCAGUUUCAUCUGAACCUUCUAUCUGCCACCAUCAUUUGAUGCUGCUUCUGCACUGGGAAGAGACAGCGAACAAUCUGUCCCCAUGCAUACCCUCCACAACACUCAAGAUUCCUAAAACCUCUUUCUUUUAAGAUCUCUUUUCUUCUGGGCUGAGGAUGCCUCGCUUCUUACUCCUACCAUACAUGAAGCUAUUCUAUCUUGCAGCGUUGGAGUUUAAUGCCAGAUAUUUUAUUUUUUCCUAUGAGAAAAAGGAGACGAGAAAAGCAGAAGGAAUGCUCAAACAUUUCAUCAAAUUGCCAAAAAGCAACCAAGCAAGAAAAUCCUUGACUUUUAAGUGUUUGGAUUCAAAGAUUCAAUAUUUUACUUAGACCAAGACUGAGAUCGAACAGUUGCUCAAUACCAUCCAUCAGUGUGGCAGAGUAGAAGUCAAACUACUUCGAGGAUACAGCUUCUAGAAGUCUUCUCUACCUAUGUAGCAAUUUCAUCAAAUUCCAAAGCAUGGUUUUGUUUCACAAGAGUAAUCAAAUAUUUUCCAUGUAGUAUCCAUCAUCUCUUAUCAGCCAUAUGAGAAUCAAAGUGUGUGCUGAAAGCUUCUGAGAAAGACUGCUCUCACACCUUUUUUAACAUUAUAAACAGUAAAUGGAUGAUCUUGGAGAUGAAACUGACCCCACAAUAGCUACAAGCACUGGUUCAAUCAGUUCGCUCUUCCUCCAGUCUGCCUUCCCAAUGCAUCUCUAUAACCACAGCAUGCCAAAGGCCAAGCUGAGCAUUCGUUUCAUCUCAUUCCCCUUCCCCUCACUUAGUGGACUAUCAAAGGGCACCUGUGCCAUUUGCAGUGGCUGCAUUUGGAGGACUUGCCAGAAUUGGCCUUUCUGGAUUUAAGCACAAGCCCAUCAAUUUGAUAAACGAAUACCAGGAAGACAUUACAAUUCUUGUGGGUUUUUUUGUUUUGUUUGAUUGCUUUUUUUACAGUACUAUUGCACUAAAAGGUAUUGUGUCAAGUAGAUCUCGAUGUGCUGUUUAAUUGUUGCCUAUAAGAAUUUCUAGAUACUGCCAAUUUUUGUUUAGAAAAUUCAAGCAUUUCCAUAAGAAAACUAGUCCAGUGGCAUGAAAACUUCUCAGAAGUAGCAAACCUAAGACUGUGAAAGAACAACACAGUAUUUCACCAGUUGUUUCUUACAGACAAAAUCUUAAUGUAUGUUGUUAAAACAAAUCUUUUGCAUUGAAUGUAAUCAAAUGAAUUCUAAUUAAAGUGAGGAAGUAUUAGAACUAUGUGUGCCAGACCAAUGGCAAUCAUGCCAUUUGCCCCAGUAAGCUUUAUUUGCUAGGUUCUAUGCAAUACUGCAAGGUCACCAUGCCAAUUUUGAAGGUACUCUGAAAGUCUUGCCUAACUUUUCUGAAGAACAGUUUCAUGAGUUUCAAUGUAGAUGAAAAGCUUCAGCAAAAUAAAAUAAAAUUCAAUAAAAUAAAAUAAAAAAAAACAACCACAUGACCUGAAAUUCCAGAGGGAAAAACAAGUUUUAAUUGAAAUCACAUGGAGAGGGUACAGAAACCGCUUGUUAAGAUGGAAAUAACAGACCUAAUUCUUCCUUGCUGGACUACCAUUCGUGUCCACAGGUUUAUAACAAGAAUUUGUUUGACAAAAAGCAGCUACUGAAUUUUCUUUAGUUAUAGGCCUCCUACAUUAAUCCCAUAAUUGUAGUGCUGAGUCCUCCUAGUCUGCAGCAGCUGCCUAGCAAAACAAAAACAAACAAACAAAAAGAACCCAUCACAGAAGAAGCUUCACCUUGUGCAAUUACAUUGUUCCGUAUUUCUGCUGAAGGCAAAGCCAUUUUCUUGGUAUUUGAUAUGAAUAUUUUUCCUCAAAAGUGUCCUUAUAGGGGAUGUGCCAUGUGUCACCCGUAGUCUGUACCACACAGUCAUAACUGCAAGCAGGC